CCUGUCGAUCUUUUCGAAAAUGAAUCCUACAAAUCAAUACCUGGCCUUGGCUCACUUCAUCUCCCCCUGGAUCAUGAUGCUGGCGCGGGUGCUCAUGGUGAGCCUUGAGACUGCCAGACCUUUUUCCUCCCGUUCACCGUUGCGGGAAGACGCGCCCUUUUCUCAUCUCGGCACCGUGAGCACACCAUCCCGCGCCCGACCCAUUGAUCCAGAAGGUGUAUACGUAGUCGCCGCUCCUCCUGUUCUCCGUGUCGUCUUAGUCCGCUCGUGCCGUUCGCUUCACUGUACAUGGGAAACCUGCAUCAAUCCAGCCCCAUGUAGGCAAAUGGAUCGCCUGAGUACCUACUUACUUACAUCAACAAGGACGAUCAUAUCCCUCUUGAUCCAAGACUGGGCACCAGAAAAUACAAACAUAUCAAAUGGCCAUGAGGUUGAGACCAGCUCGCAUAUCCGCGGCAUCAUCUUCACAAUCUGCGAGGCCCCCCGUCCUGUUCCUCAUCCUCCGCCUCCUCCCCCGAGUAAAGGAGCAGGAUAGCAGCGACAUGAUGACCCUCCCCCACUGUCGUUCAUGCAUGAUAGGCGCAGUGCCCACCAACAAUACAAAUAUUGUCUGCCGACAUUUGGUUGUUGUCCUGUUUUAGGUCAUGAUCGCGUCACGCCAUGGGACCCUGGCCGCUUUGCAGUUGACAGCCGGUGCCCCGGUGGUCAGUGGGAUGGGAUGGAUCAUGCUCACGGCAAAGCAAGAAACCUUUCUCCGGUUUUCGGCGGAAAGGCCUUCACCACCAGCCAGCUCUGCGCGAGAGAAAAAAAAACCCCAUGCGAUAAUAGUGAUACAAGUUCACCGCUUCUUGAAUGCAUCAGCUUGGGUCGCAGGGGCCCUCAUGCAGCUGCGAACUGUUGCGGCCUAGCGCAGGGGAAGCCACAGUGUGUUUUCGCGUGGAGGUUUUUUUUUCAUCCUUUCUUUAUAGGGAUGCGCAAUGGCCUAUCCAUUAUUGUGGGAUCGCGGCUGUCUUGGCGUAUCCAUCCGCCGACCAAAGUAGACAAGUCGGCAAGAACAUUUUCAUGCCCUAAUAAGUCGGCGGCCGCACGUGUCUUGACCUGGGUUGACGAGCGUUCACCAUUCAAAUUGUCAAUAUUCGGUGUGGCUAUCGUGCAAAGGGCUGAGGGUAGGUUAGAGCCUCUUAGUUAG